AAAUUGUUUUGAACUGAAAAAAAAAUCUAGUGGAAAUAAAAUAAUUAAAAUUAAUAGGCAAAUAACCAUGGAGAGACUUAAUUUAAUCAAUCAGUGCAUAGCUUGUAUAUUCAUUCUUCAAAUUACAACAUGUUUAGCGCAAAGACCUAUCAGAGAGCAUAAUUAUAAUAGGAGAGAACAUUCAUUAGUCAAGCCAUUUUUAACUGCCGGUCUCUCGGUUCCUUAUUGGGAUUACACAGGAUCUGUCAUGUUUACACAGAAUUAUGUUCGUUUAACGCCAGAUGAACAAAGUAUGAGCGGAGCUAUUUGGAAUCAAAUUCCGUGCUGGAAUCGCAAUUGGGAAUUGUUUGUUGAUUUUAAGGUAGCUGGUCGUGGCAAGGAUCUUUUUGGAGAUGGACUUGCUAUUUGGUAUGCAAAGGAUAGAAUGGUUGUCGGACCAGUCUUUGGUAGCAAGGAUUACUUUAAUGGAUUAGCUAUUAUUAUCGAUACGUACUCAAAUCACAAUGGUCCACAUAAUCAUCAACAUCCAUACAUUUCUGCUAUGAUUAAUAAUGGAACAUUGCACUAUGAUCACGAUAGAGACGGAACACAUACGCAACUUGCAGGAUGUGAAGCUAGAUUUAGAAAUGUUGAGCAUACAACGCAGAUUAAGAUCCGCUACGAAAAUGACGUACUUUCCGUCUUUACUGAUUUAGAAAAUAAGAAUGAAUGGAAGGAAUGCUUUUCUGUCGAUAGUGUUGAAUUGCCAACAGGAUAUUAUUUCGGAGCAUCAGCAACUACUGGUGAUUUGAGCGAUAAUCAUUUAUUGAAUUCCAUGAAAUUUUUCGAACUUGAAGGCGCAACGACUGCUGAACGCGCUCAAAUAGUUCCACGUGCAUCUAAAUUUGAGGAGCCAAGAGAACAUGUCGACGAUCCAAAGCCAAGCUGGUCGAAUCUUCAAAUCUUUGUUGUCUUAUUGCUUGGAAUGAUUGGAGCUGUUAUAUGUUCCAUUGCUGGAUACAUGUACUACGAGAAAUACCAACAAAAUAAAAAGAAACGAUUCUACUGAGACAAGCCUAAGCGAACUCGACAAGCUGAUUCUUCGACACGUAAAAAUAAUUCGAGAAAAUUUGUCUAAACAAUUUCUUCUUCCUUGUCUGUUGAAUCUAUCUUCCUGCCUUGAUGAGUUCGAGAAUUUUUAAUUGAAAAUAAAUCUAUUCAAUAAUUCGUAAAAAGUCACAUCACUUAAGACAUUUAGUUGUGAACCAAAAAGAAAAAAGAAAGAGAAAGAAAACAUAAUUUUUUUCCUUCAUAAGGAUCUCUCCUCAUUAAAUAUUUUUAGCGCCAUCAAUUAAGAGUUAAGUGUUUAAUUUGUUGAUUACACCUUUUUUGUUUUUUUACUAUGAAUAUUCUCUUCAACUUUAAAAAUAAACACGCUUUUUAUGAGUUAUGAUAAUUUUAUGCAUGAUUUUUAAUUAAAAAUGAGAAAAAUGAUGGGAAACAGUGUGAUCAAUGGGUUCAAUUUUAUCAUUAUUAGAAAAACGAAUCUUCUAUUGAGAAAAAAUUGUAUAAAAAAAUAAAUUAAUUUGAAAACUUUAAAAUAAUGUUCGUUUUUAUUUUGUUUAAGGAAUUAAGAAUUUAAGUAGAAAAAAAAUAAGUUUUGAAAAAUUAACGCAAAAAUAAUAUUUGAAAAAUAACUGUCAUAAAAUAUUCAAAAGUAGGACUUGCAUAAAUAUAAAAUAAAUUUGACAGUUAAAUUACAACUUAAGUAGAAAUGAUUUUAAAACCAUACAAAUUAUCCCUGAAAAACCUCACAAAUGGUUAAUAUCAUAUCCUUUUACUUAACGAAGCCGUCUGAUUUUCUCAAAUUCCUGAUCAAGUAAUCUCUUUGCUUCCUCCUUUUCCAUGAAUCUAUCAGUUAUCAUCUGCACUGUAUCUGGCUCGUGUUUCCACCUGUCUUUAAAUGAAAUUUUCGGGAACUUUUUCUUAAUUUCAUCAAAUGAAAAAUCUCGCAAUUCAUCAUGGCUAAAUCUAUUGCUUAAUUUAAGGACUUCUAUUGCAUUAUCAGCAUUUAAAGUUCCUAAUAUUUGUGUAGCUGCAAAGUUCUUCAAUUCAUUAAUUUUUAAUCGACCGGCGGCAGCAAAAAGACGCAAUAAAUUUAAUCCAUCAACAUUCGGAAACUCAUCAGUGUAAAUAUAUUUUAGGACCUUUUCAAAAAUGUCAUUAGGUAUGCCAUAUAAAUUUAUAUUCUCAACUUCUGGAUUCUUUUUAAUAAUUUCAGCAAAAGUUGAACUUCGAGCAACAAGUAUGAAUUUGUGAACGGAAAAUAUUUGAUCGCCAAUUUGAAUUUUAAAGUCUUUAUAGCUGUCAUCUGUAAUCAACUUGUUAAUGUCGUAAAAAAUGGUUUGCUGCUUUUCAGCCUCCUUUUGAGUGAUAUUUUUGUAAAGUUGAAAAUUCUUGCAAAUGACGUGAUUGACUUCACCUUUAAGUUCAGCAAGUGUUGCAUUUCUGUUUAUAUAUUCUGGAUAUUUUGAAUAAAAUUUUUUGAAGUUAUUGUUCUUGCUAAGAUUUACGUGCUUGAGCUUCUUCAAACUAUCGAAAACGUUUGGUUCGAUGAUUUUCAAUUUAUUUCCCAUGAACGAAACUACUUCCAAAUUUGUAAAGCCUUCAAAUAAGUCACCAGGCAGGAACUCAAUCUCAUUAUGCAUAAAGUAAAUUUUCUUCAGAAAUUUGUACUCGGCUAAAUCAUUUUUGUUAACAUUUUUCAGAGAUGAUGACCAAAUUGUUAAAUUUGUCAUAUUCGGUACCAGUUUUGUAAGACCUUGCGGCACUUUUGACAUCUCACAAUGAUGAAAUUUGACUUCCUGUACAUCCUCCCACGUUUUUCCUACUGCAUGCUCUCCAAUUAUGUCCAUAACACUAACAGGAGGAAUGAAUUUUUCAUCUAUUAGGCAUAUGUAGAAUGUUUCAUUAGUAACAGUCUCCUCAAAAAAUGUGCAUAACAGAGACAUAAUGGAACUUGAUGAAUC